UCCGCGCCCUUCAAGGCGCGUUUCUUCUGCUGCUGCCCACGGCAGCGUGACCCCUCCUAUCACUCACCCGCGCUGCUCCCCAGCCAGCCGGCCUCUACUCCCCGGCGCCUGCCUGCUCUGCCCACCCGGCCCCAGAAGUCGACUGUGGCUCUCAACGCAGCUCAAAGGCUCAAGGCGACAGAGCAGCGCGUAUCAUCAUCAUCGCACGCGUCUUGAGUAGUUUUUGUUGUUGUUAAUUUCUCUGCUAACAUGUACGUGCCCACCUUCGUGUUCUUACCACUGGCGUCAGAUCGCGACUGCAGUGGCUUUUACACGGAGGCGGGUGAGUGGCACCUGGGCUUCGACUGCCCAUGGCCCCAGCACUGCUGCGGAGACUGCCACGCUCGCUAUUGCUGCACCACGGCCCUGGAGGAACUGCACGAGGAUGAGCAGAGUUGGUGCAACUUCUUUGUGAUCAGCCCCAGCAUUAUCGCGGGCAUCACGCUGGGGCUUUUCCUGCUGAUGCUCAUCCUCACCCUCAUCUGCUGCUGCACCUGCUCGGGCUGCGUGCUCAGCCAGAUGCGCCUCCGCCGCCGCUCGUCCUCCUGCUCCAGUCACUGCGAUGCAUCAUUGUACGGUUCCCAUGCCGGGUCCUUCAGCAGCCUCACCAGAACGCAAGCCCAGAGUCAGCCCUCCAGCCAGCACGCGGGCAGGCAGUUGCAUGGAGGCUACACGGUGGUCCCGGCCAACUCUCAGCUUGUCUCACCCGCAGAGCUCACGCCCAGCCCGCAGUCUGAAACCCCCCCACUCGUCUCUGCCACGUUCGUAGGGGGCUUCUCCGGUGGGCUGGUUCCGGAGGGUGCCACCGUGGUACAUGCGGUGCGUGCAGUCACCGAGUAUCAGUUCAUCGUGGGGCCGCCACCACCGUACGACGAGUCUGGUCGGCAGGGCACGCAGAUUUAGAACGGCCGGCAAUGCUGCGGUGGCGAAGUGGUGACACUCGCACCUCGAUAGCAAGAAGGGUCUGGGUUUGGUACCCAACUCGGGCGCCUUUCCGCGUGGAUUUGACCAAUAUUUUUCGUAAUAAAGUUUUUUGGGUUACAUCGCGUAAAUAUAAAUGUCGUAAACCCACCUCCACCCGGCACAGCCAAUUAAUAAAGGUUGUCACGUGAACUUCAACACACCUGUGUGUUGGAGAGAAAAUCCCACAUUUCCAAAUUUAGCUAACCACGUUUCGCUGGUGAUUACAACCUUACUAAAUGGCUGUGUUGAUGUAAAAGCUUUUAUUAUGAAUGUGGGGAGUUUAUAUGUUCUCUCCUGUGUUCUGCAUGGGUUUGCUCUGAAAACUCACUUCUUUAGAACUGAUUUUUGUGUUUAAUUUUAUGUCCAUCCCCCGCACCUCCGAUUAGCACGGAUGGCUACAUACGGCGCGAAAGAAGUUCAACAUACAUACAAUGUAACGGGUAUUGGACAAAACAUCUCAAUGCUAAAAAAUUAUCAGCAAAUUGCUUCAUUGGGAUUACACACAGCAGCAACAUCGCCCCGGACUGCAAACACUUUGCAGGACCGUCCAGAAAGAGCUGAGGCUCAGUGAAGGCUUUCCAGGGUAAACGAGUGGAUUAACAAUAACACAGUGUAAAGGUUGCUAAAUUACCACAAAUACUUUACACUCUCGGUAUGCAUUGCCGACGGCAAUUCCACCGCAAUGAUUGGCGCGGAUGAAGAUUGAGAGAGCAAGGAGUUGUUUAUUUACAGAGUAGGAGCACAAAUCGAGAACAAGAAUUCAUCACCUACAACAAACGGAAAUGCAACCGAGUGCGUGAUUUCCAAAGGCGACCGAGAAUGCAUCUACCAAAGCAUUACCCGCGACACCUUUAGCUUCCAGGUGUCCCGUGCCAUCAUCGUCAUCAUGUGCAUGCCCCUCAGGGAGGAGCAGUCCCCACGAGGCGCCACCAGGCAAUCCUAUCCUGCUCUAGCCGCCACGCUGAAUACAAGCCAAUGCCGUGGUGUCGAGGAUUUAGCUUGUUUGGCUACGUCUGGUGGUGGGGUGGAGGGUCUUACCACAUACAUUUUGCCACAUUACGUGGCCUAUUUUCAAACAUCAAUUGCAAAAGCUGGCAGUUUCUGUAUAUUAAUUUACCACGUAAAGAAAACAAACAAUAUAAACAUGGUAUUUCUAGGUGACUUUCAACACGCGUGUGCAAUAGCAAAACGAGUGCACAGCUCGGUGUGGUCGCGUUUCUCAGCACAGCUGUGGAAGGAGCUGAGCCGGGAGCAGCGCUGCGCGCGCGUCCACGUGGCCCACGCGUGGAUUGGGCCUUCGUGUUUCCCACCACAAGGGCCGUCCAUAGGAGGGUGUAGGAUCCGGGGCAAAUCCCACUGUGGGCCCCCCGACGCUUUCAAACUAAACCGGGAGUAUUACACACGCCACGUAACAUCGAAGCGCGCACCGCCACCCCAAAGCGCCCCCGCCAAAAGCGCGGGGCCCGGUGCGGUCGCCCAGAUUCGCCGUGUACCCUGGGGACGGCUCUGCCCCGCCACUCAUGCUGCACAGCUUCGACUGGAGUUGCGAUAUGACUUGAGGCUGUAUACAAGAGCGCAUAUAAUAUGAACGUGUGUGCACCAAUGAUUCUACGUGUAUCUGCAAUAUAAAAAA